AUGCACAUCAUGGUCCGGCUGGUUCUGAUCGGUGUUGUUCAGAGAAGCUGCUGCAGCUCAGGAGACCUCAGGACGGUACCAAAGGAGACCUCAGGACAGGACCAAAGGAGACCUCAGGACAGGACCAAAGGAGACCUCAGGACAGGACCAAAGGAGACCUCAGGACAGGACCAAAGGAGACCUCAGGACAGGACCAAAGGAGACCUCGGGACAGGACCAAAGGAGACCUCAGGACAGGACCAAAGGAGACCUCAGGACGGGACCAAAGGAGACCUCAGGACAGGACCAAAGGAGACCUCAGGACAGGACCAAAGGAGACCUCAGGACAGGACCAAAGGAGACCUCAGGACGGGACCAAAGGAGACCUCAGGACAGGACCAAAGGAGACCUCAGGACAGGACCAAAGGAGACCUCAGGACAGGACCAAAGGAGACCUCAGGACGGGACCAAAGGAGACCUCAGGACAGGACCAAAGGAGACCUCAGGACGGGACCAAAGGAGACCUCAGGACGGGACCAAAGGAGACCUCAGGACGGGACCAAAGGAGACCUCAGGACAGGACCAAAGGAGACCUCAGGACAGGACCAAAGGAGACCUCAGGACAGGACCAAAGGAGACCUCAGGACAGGACCAAAGGAGACCUCAGGACGGGACCAAAGGAGACCUCAGGACAGGACCAAAGGAGACCUCAGGACAGGACCAAAGGAGACCUCAGGACAGGACCAAAGGAGACCUCAGGACAGGACCAAAAGAGAUAUUUACAAAGUGUAUAAAUAUGGAAAGGUUCUAUGCUUCAGUCCCGCCUCACGCCGCAGUGACAGUGUGACCAGUGUGACCAGUUCGAUCCUAACACGCCGCUCUGGGUUCGCAUCCCUCUUCUGUGCAUUGGCAGCCCUCAUAGCCCCUCCCCCUCUCUCUCCUCCCUCUCUCUCCUCCCCCUCCCUCUCUCUCCUCCCUCUCUCUCCUCUCCCUCUCUCUCCUCUCCCUCCCUCUCUCUCCUCCCCCUCCCUCUCUCUCCUCCCUCUCUCUCCUCCCCCUCCCUCUCUCUCCUCCCCCUCCCUCUCUCUCCUCCCUCUCUCUCCUCCCCCUCCCUCUCUCUCCUCCCUCUCUCUCCUCCCCCUCCCUCUCUCUCCUCCCUCUCUCUCCUCCCCCUCCCUCUCUCUCCUCCCUCUCUCUCCUCUCCCUCCCUCCUCCCCUCCCUCUCUCUCCUCUUCCUCCCCCUCUUCCUCUCGGCUUCUCUCACUCGUCUCAUUCCAGCAGAGGAUGUAUCGCGGCAGACUGAGUCCAGUUGAUAAUCUGGAUAAUCUGGAUAGUUCUGACCCGUCGUGUGCAGAGGAAAAGGGAGAUGAGAUCAGGGCAUUUGUGGAGACCCUGGAGCCUCCGUGUUGCUUCUCCUCAGCUGUAGAGGAGCAAGCGGCAAAGUUAAAGGCCGACAACAUCCGCUUGGCUUUGGAGAAGAUCAAAGAAGCUCAGGUUAAGAAGGUCAGUGUGACUGUGGUCAGCAACAGCUGGGGUCAGGAGCACUCAGCGUAA